ACUUGCCUACGUACGUGUCAGUCGUCUACAAAUUGCCUUCGGAAUAUUACGUUUAUCGUAAACUGUACGCAAAUGACAACUGUGUUGGAAAUGUCCAGUCGCCAACAUUUGUAUCCAACAAUAGCGACAUCUAAUGAUGAUAACGAUUCAGAAUCGAAAACAUGUGGAAAGAUUCUUGUUGUGUUAUCGUGGAUUUUAGUUGUGCUCACAAUGCCUUUUUCCCUCUUCGUGUGUUUUAAGGUCGUUCAGGAAUACGAAAGGGCUGUUAUAUUUCGGUUAGGACGGCUCCUCACAGGAGGGGCUAAAGGUCCUGGUAUAUUUUUUAUUCUACCAUGUAUUGACUCCUAUGCGAGGGUAGACCUGAGAACUAGAACCUACGAUGUGCCACCUCAAGAGGUACUCACAAAGGACUCCGUUACUGUAUCUGUGGAUGCUGUGGUUUACUAUAGAGUGCAUAAUGCUACAAUUUCCAUAGCGAACGUAGAAAACGCUCAUCAUUCGACACGCCUCUUGGCUCAGACCACGCUUCGGAAUACUAUGGGCACUAGACCCCUACACGAAAUAUUAAGCGAACGGGAAACCAUUUCAGGAAAUAUGCAAAUCUCUUUAGACGAGGCAACAGAAGCAUGGGGUAUUAAGGUGGAACGAGUUGAAAUUAAGGAUGUUCGCUUGCCCGUGCAACUGCAACGAGCAAUGGCAGCAGAGGCAGAAGCGGCGCGGGAAGCUCGAGCCAAGGUGAUUGCUGCAGAAGGUGAGCAGAAAGCAGCACGAGCCCUUCGCGAAGCCUCUGAGGUUAUCGGCGAUAGUCCCGCUGCUCUACAACUUCGUUACUUACAGACGUUGAACACAAUAUCUGCUGAGAAGAACUCAACAAUUGUAUUCCCGCUGCCCAUCGAUCUCCUUACUUACUUCAUAAAGGCUAAAGAGUAUCCAUCUAAUUAAGUAAAUUUGGCAAUUGCUACAUUAAUGAAGAUAUAAACCUCGAAAUAAGUUUUGAUUAUAAAAAAUUAUCUCAUGUUAAUUAUAAGCAAAAUCAUGUACCUUUCCUAAUCAGAAUAAUUACUGGACAAAUCAAACGACGUUAGUACAAGAUUAAUCGUAUUGACGAAACUCGACCUUUAAAAGCUCAAAACCGAAUAGCUUCAAAGAAAAUCCAUACGUUUACAAAGUCAUACUAAGCUCUAACUCUCGACUUUGAAUUAAGAUUCAUAUAUUCCCUAUAAGAAUUAAUGCCUCCUUACAUCCAAAAUCUGGACACCUUACGUAUGAUUUCAACACUGGUAUACUGCAGUGGUGGAAAAUAUUGGAGGAGAUUACGGCCAUAAUAUUUAUAAGGCCAUAUAUUACAAGUAUAAAUUAACAUGCCGUGCAGUUUUCGUUUAUUUGAUCAAGCUUGUACUAGCCCUACGACAAUUUAAAAUGUAGUUUUAAUCAAGUGUAAAAAAUUACACGACUCUUCUAAGUUGACUAACCAAUAAGCUAACGUUUACAUAUCAGUGUGCAUCGAUUAUUAAAGUUCGUAUUUGUAAAAUAAAUUCAUGUCAUGUAACUUCGACCAUAUUUCUCUCUUUAUGUAAAUCAAAUUUUAGAUACAUAAGCUAAUUUAUGAAUAAAAUGAGUUUAAAUA